GGAAAGCUUCCGAAUCUACCCUGCUUUGCUUCUCCUGUCCAUUGCUCUGCCGUGUGUGGGGGUGUGGAUUUUUCAAAUUUUUGGUAAGAUAACAACCACCAAUCCCUCUGUUCUUCUUUGAAUUGGCUUGGGUUUACCUUAAUUCCUCUUGGUUCUCCCAAUUUUUGGUAGAUUCUUGAUUUUUCCCCUGCAUUGCCGCCGGCUCCUCCCCAAACUGCAGCUCUGGUUUUGUUGUUAAAUUCUGGUUCCUGAUCGUUCUGUCAGUUUAGCAUUGAGAUCGAGUCUUCGGUUUUAUGCGAGUGAGGUAAGUAAAUUUAUGGUAAUGCCCGUAUAGUUUUUAAAAGCAUGUUUUGACUUGUUUUUGAAGUGGUGGCGGGACUAAACUCGUUUUAUGCAAAAGUAAGUAUGACUGAUAUGAAGUGAAAUUUUUAUGCUUUUUAUUAAAUUGAGCAUGCCUACUUGAAAUUUAAUUGAUUGUCCUGAUGAUUUGAAAGUGAUUGGUGAAUUAUGAUUUUUCUGUUAACUUCUGCCUGUUUUGUCUCCGAUAUGGUUAGGUUAUUAGUGACCCUACUAGCGAGGGUUAAACGCUAGCACAUAUCGACAUGUUAGUGAUAGAGCCGGUUCGUAUGAGUGACCCUGCUAGUGGGGAUUAUACACCAGCAAAUAGUGUAACCUGCCAGUGGGAGGAAGCGAGACUGAGGACAGGGAAACUGUUGACUCAAUGUACUGCAAGAGGAGGGGACGCAUGGCUCGAGUUGCAGAACUGUCAAGAGAGCUGGCUUAACUUUCUAGAGGCGGCUUUGCAGAGCCGGCUUACACUUCCAGAGCCGGCUAUCCAGCCGGCUAUAAAGUUGGAGCCGGCUUUGCGUCUUUUCUCCGCUCGCGCCAAGUAACGGUCUUCAAAUUUUUGCCUGUAGAGCCGGCUGUAGCUUCCAGAGCCGACUCUCUACACCUCCAUUUCACCAGAGCCGGCUGCAGCUUUCAAGAGCCGGCUUUCUGCCAUUUUGAAUCCUUUUGGUCUAUUUUUAGUGCAAUCCAAGUUUACUUGCAAUCUUUUAGCAGCUUAAUUACACACUUAAAUAAACCAAUUAGUCAUUC